GAGUCGUGAGGAGUCGUGAGGAGUCGUGAGGAGUCGUGAGGAGUCGUGACGUUGUGUGCGGCAGGGGGCGGGAUGAAGCUCCAGGCCGUCAUGGAGACCCUGCACAGGCAGCAGAGGGCCAAGCUGCUGAUGGAGCUGCAGGCCGGCCAAUCACAGCAGCCGCACCACUCCCUGUCGGCCAAUCCCGCGGAGGAGCCGAGGGAAGGCCCCGCCCCCGAGCCUGAGCAUGCUCAGAUGACCCGCGACGGCCCCUCGUCCAAUCAGAGCAGUGGCAAGGAGGAGGAGCAGGAGGAGGAGGAGGAGGAAGAAGAGGAAGAGGAAGAGGAGGAUUACAAAGACCUGAUGGGCUCUGAUGACGAACAUGUGACACAGAAGUGGGAGGGGGGGUGGCUGGAGGGGGAGGAGGGGGGGUCUCCUGUGGGCGGGCCGGGGGGGGUGACUCCAGGGCGGGGCAUCCUGCUCCUGCCCCCCCGCCCCCUUCCCCAGUCACCGGCCCUGAGGGCGCGGCUCACCUCGGCCACGCCCCCCCGUGAACCUCACAGCCAAUCAGCUGCCCAGGACCAUGCAGACUGGACCUACGAGGAGCAGUUCAGACAGUUGUAUGGACUGGACAGCAACCCACAGCGGAAAGAGUUUCUGGAUGACCUGUUCAACUUCAUGCAGCAGAGAGGGACCCCAGUGAACAGGAUCCCCAUCAUGGCCAAGCAGGUGCUGGACCUGUUCACACUGUACCAGCUGGUGACAGAGAAGGGGGGUCUGGUGGAGGUCAUCAACAGGAAGCUGUGGAGGGAGGUCACCAAGGGCCUCAACCUGCCCACCUCCAUCACCAGUGCUGCCUUCACCCUCCGGACUCAGUACGUGAAAUACCUGUACCCAUUGGAAUGUGACAGGAGGGGCCUCAGCAGCCACAGCGAGCUUCAGGCUGCCGUCGACGGCAACCGCAGGGAGGGGCGUCGCCAGAGCUGCGGCUCCGCCCUCUUCGCCUACUCGCCCAAUGGGACGCCUACCAUGCUGUCCUCCCGCAAGCUCUCCGCCCCUGGACUGGGCAGGGCCUGGAAGGGUGAGGAAGGGGUGUCGCUCCGGCCGGUUCGCAUGGUGAGGGCGUUGCGCGGUGUCGCCCCCCCAGAGGCCGUGGGCGGUAUGGCGGGGCCCGGGCCGCAGGCGAUGGCGGUGCAGGCAGCCGUGGCGGCUCAGAUGGUGGCCCUGGAGCAGCUGAGGGCGCGGCUGGAGUCGGGCGAGCCGCUGGAGAAGAAGAUGGCCGUGCCAGCCGAGGAACACCGGCCUCUCCUGCAGGGGGCGCUGCAGCACAGCCUGCUCGCCAUGGCAACCACACACACACCCAUGAGCGUCCACAUCCGCACCCCGGAUGACAGGCAGGACUCCGCCCUAAACCUGACCACUGGUGCCACCAGCAGCAUCAGCAUGUCUGUGGAACUGAACGGGGUGGUCUACACCGGUGUGCUGUUUGCCCAGGCAGACGGACCUGUUCUGUGCCAGCCUGCUGGGCCGUCCAGCAAAGCGUCAGACGCCUCCCCCAAAUCCCAGGCCCCCACCCUGACACCUAUCUCAUCCUGCUCCAGCAGCUCAUCUCCAUAGCAACCUCACAGCCAACCACAGCCAAACACGGGCCAAUCGGAGAGCGGAACUGUGCGCAGUGCACACCGACCGGCCAAUCGGAGAGCGGAACAGUGCCCUGUACACACAGACCUGCCUGGUCACUCACUCUGUUCUCUUUAUUUCUACU